CGCAAGUGCACUAACGCGAUGACGUAGAACGUUUCAGGAACUAUCCUCCUGUUCGGUCUCUCAAUUAGAAGCGCACAAAGUCAUUCAAGAUGGUGUUAGUAAAUAUCUCCAGGAUUAUUAAGAUACAACUUCCAGCCUACCUCAAGAAACUGCCCCUUCCAGAAACAAUCGGAGAUUUUGCGCGACUGACAGUUUCAGAGUGGUUGCGGCUUCUGCCAUUAUUGGGGAUUUUGGCUCUCUUGGGUUAUCUGACCAUCCGGCCCUUCCUGCCCAAGAAGAAAAAGCAAAGAGACAGUCUAAUAAAUCUGAAGAUCCAAAAAGAAAACCCUAAAGUGGUGAACGAGAUCGACAUAGAGGACCUGAGGACUCCAAAUGUUUGUUACUGUCGCUGCUGGCGAUCUAAAACGUUUCCUGUUUGCGAUAAAUCGCACAUAAAGCAUAAUGAGCUGACGGGGGACAACGUUGGUCCACUUAUUCUUAAGAAGAAGACUCUGUAGCCCACCUGUUUUGGCUCGGAGUGGUAAUUGUUUUUUUUUUAAUGCCUAUUUUUCUCCACAGAAAAACUUACUGUAGUUGUUCUUAUCCCAAAUUGUUUCCAAAUUAUUAUGUAGAAACAGAGCUGUAAAUUCGGACUAUAAUGAUAUUGUGGUUGAUUCAAAGAGAUUAAUUAUUAAUGAUUUACGUUUUGUUACAUCAUUGUGUGUUUAUUGUGUGUGUGGCAAAUGUAGUUUGACUUUUGAGUGCAAUAUAAUAGGACCAUAAGGAAAAAUGGCGGUUAUCAUCGCUAAUCAAUCUUUGUGGCCAUGAAAGUGUCUUUUCCAAACUUAAUCUACAUCUAGAUUCAGUUUUAACUAAGUUGCCUUUUAUGUGCGUUUGACAUUUUGUAAGACAACAACAAAUCAUACUUUUGACUUUUCAAUGUGAAGUACAUUAGGAUUUGCCUUUGCUUUUCGUUUUCUACAGCAUUAUUUCUAAACCAACAAUAGUUCUAAAAUGUUUGCUAAAUUAUUUUAACAUUUUCAAGUGCAAGAUACUAAAUUUUACUUUUGUUCGUAUACCUACAGACAUUUCCCGUUGCCUUUUGGUCACAGCUAUUGUCACAAAUCAUUCAUAUAUUACAAAAUUUACCAUAAUGUUACAAAGAAAUGUGCCAUCUUUUCUCUGUCCACCUGAACCAACAUGCUGCGACAAUACAAUUCAUAGUACAAUUCAUGCCAUUCUUCAUAUUCAAAGUUAUAAAUAGUUUGACAAUCCCAAUGUUUCUUUCUUGUGCCACUUGGUUUUGUAUUUGAUGGCUCUUGUUCAUAGAUG